UAUUCUUUAUUGCGUGGUUCAUCCUAUCCUCUGCUAUCUGUUUCCUGAAUUCUCUCCUUAUUUAAGGGACUUUAGAUUGGGACAAAGCAUUUAGACAUACAACUGGUUUGCUUCCUCGCACUGAAGUUGAUUUCUCAUCCACAAAUGAAUCAUCAAGGAAGGGAUAUCUACCUUUGUGGUCAACCAGAAGAAUUCCCAUCGGCAUCAGCCAUUGCUUCUGCUCCCACAUUUGACUUCCUUCAACUGCCUCAUGCUCCACUGGUUCAAUUCCAAUUCAAUCCUCUGCACGGGGUGACUGGGCAUGCACAAGUCAAUUUUAUGGAUCUGCAGAAAUGGCAUUUGCAAUGUUUCUGGCAGCAACAAAUGCAAGCAGUAGAAAACCUUGCAGAUUAUAAACAGCACCAGCUCCCACUUGCUAGGAUUAAACGUAUAAUGAAAAUGGAAGGAGAUGCAAAGAUGGUGAGUGCGGACACUCCGAUAUUCUUUGCAAAAGCAUGUGAGCUUUUCAUCUCGGAGCUCGCGGUGCGAUCAUGGCUGCAUGCAGAGCAGUGCAAGAGGCACACCAUCCGGAGAACGGAUGUUGCAGGAGCCAUUUGCCAUUCAAAUGUUCUCAACUUCUUGUUAGAAAUUCUUCAUGCAGAAGAACUACAGGUAUACAUGAGACAGCCACCAUUUUUGCGGCAGCAAAUGAUGCCCCAGCAACAAUCUUACCCUAACUCUAACAAUUUCUUGUAUGAGCCACCUCCUCCACUGUGAGAAAUAUGGACAUGCAUGAAAAAUAUUGGCAGAUUCGAAUUAAGCAAUCAAUGACUCUUGUGGCAGAAAGGCAAGAGAAGUGUUAUAAUCGCGCAUCAUAUUCCUCUUGUAUCCCCUAAAAAUGAUCUCAAGCUUUACAAAUAGGCAUUGCUAAAUGAAAAGAGAAUUCACAAGAAGCGUAUCAUAUCUAUGUUUUGUAUUCAAUAGUUUUGGAUCUUUUGAAUGUAUAUACCUCUAAAGAUUCGACCAACCUCAUUAAAAUUUGGACCACCUCAUAAUAAACUUUUUGGACCAUCAGUAGUAGUACUCUUGAAAGUAAUGAUCUACCUUAUAAAGAUUGCGAAAUAACUAUUAGAACACCUAAACCACCUGUUUCUGCCAAUUGUCCCUUUUCCCAUAAAUGCUAGAAAAUGACCUUUCUU